AUGAAGAAUAAUAAGUCAAAUAACAGCUACUCGAAUGAUCACUUGUUGUAUGAGAUUCUGGUAAGAAUCUUCACAGCUCUUCAUGUUGCAGACCUUGCUAAAGCCUCUAUGGUUUGCAAAGCUUGGAACGUGGCCAGUCGUGCCCCUGAACUUUGGAAAACACUUGAUCUAAAUAAACUAGGCAUGGAUGUGCCAUUGAGACCAUAUGCUUGGUUUGGUGAACAUUCAAGCAAUAAAAUGACUCAAAUCUUGAAGUAUGCAUCAAGUUUGAGUGGUGAAAAUAUAAGUUGCUUAAUAUUUAAUUAUUAUGUCUACUUCACAGAUGCACACUUAAUCUCGAUUGCGGAAAGGACUCCGAAUCUCAAAAGGUUAGUGCUUCCAAUAACCGGCAACAUCUCAAAAUUUGGAAUUGAAAUCGCAUUGAGGUCAUGGGAAGGCAUUGAGUCCAUAACGAUUACCGAAAUGUUUAAUAAUGUUGACUUUUUUGAUACACUUGGAAAAUAUUGCAAGAACAUCGUUGAGCUAAAGUUUACAUCCUUCUUUGAACAAUAUCAAGCUGAAGUUAUAGUUAAAUACAUUCCGAAUCUAAGGACAUUAAGUCUUCGACAUUUUAUGGUAAGCAUGACAGGUUUAUGUCAUGUGUUGAAUAACUUGAAACAUUUGGAAGCAGUAAAUUUAUGUCAUUGUAUUAUUACUGAUUUAUUAGAUGGUAGUUUUCGAGACUACUCUAUUGAAGAUCUACGAAAAUGUGUGGAUUUCUCGUGUGAGCUUAUAAUUUGCAAAAAUAAUUCGUGUCUUAGAUGCACAGGUUGGUUGAGGAAUGGUCGAGGAAGACCAUCGUAUGAAAUCUUGGAAGAUAUUUGGCGUGAAGAUGAGAUAAAGUCUCUUGCUCAUUAG